GGGCGGGUGGUUUGGGAACAUUUAUUUAUUAAUUUAAAAUGCGUGGCUCGCUGGCCCAUCCGCGUGUUGGGCCCGUCCACUGAAGGAGCCGACGUCUAGCCGACACGCGCGUACACAGCAUCAAGUUGUACACGUGAUCAACUAUGUGUGUGUGUAGUACGCGCGUUGUUGAUAACGCGCACUACACGAAAGGCGUUUGAUUUCCAACAGAAUAUCAACUUUUCUCGGUUUUUUUUUUGCAAAAAGUUUUUUUCAAAAUCAAGAUUGCAACCUUAAACAUUUUCCACGAUUCUAUUCGGAGCCAACCUCUUCCCCCCCCCGCCUCCAACGACGAGCAGAAUGAUGAUCCCCGGUGCUCUACAGGCGCUGCUGCUGCUGCUGCUCUGCUUCGGAGUGCCGUCGGCAAUGGGCAACGUGCAGCUGAUUGGAGGGACCGUGAGGAUCGAUGUGGUUACAUUACCAGCAGCACCACCGUUACAUCAGCAGCAACGACAUCAGCUGCGCGUGGUAUCCACGCUGGUGCUGGAUGGCGCCGCUCCGUGCGCCCUCUUGGCCUCCUCCCCGUGGCUCUGCUGGCUCGGCUGCACCGCAUCCUGGAACCAGUCGUACCACUGCGCCAUCGAGGGGGGCGGAGGGAGCCACCACGCGACCGGGGGCGGCUGGCACCUGGCCCGGGCCACCUUCGAGGUGGACGUGGCCACGAGCGGCUGGGCCGCUCUGUGGAACCUUGGAUGCUGCUGGGCGGAGGAUGUGCUAAUGCUGCAGGCCAACGGGACGCUGUCGUACGCGACGGCUGGCGACGCCGUGAGCUGGAUGAACGCGGCCUUCGUGAGCCUGGACGUGCGCGGGGACACGGGAAGGCCCAACGCCUCUCCCCGCGCCGCCGUCAUCCCGCUCGUUCGGCUGAACAACCGCUGCAACGCGACGCUGCGCGUGCGGGUCGUGGACCCCGACAGGGACCGCGUGCGCUGCGCCUUCGGGGACCCCUUUGGUGUCCCCCACGGAGGAGUCCCCCACGGAGGAGUCCCCCAUGGGGUCCCCCACGGGGUCACGGAGGGGUCCAUCGAGAAUGCCGUCAUGGACUCUGACGCCUGCGAGAUCCGGGUCGGCCGCCCGGUGCUGUACCCCACGGGGCGGUUCGCCGUCGUGAUGACCGUCUCGGACUUCUCGUCGCCGGGGGGAGCCCCUUUGUCGCUGGUGCCGCUGCAGUUCCUGCUGGAAUUCGUGGAGUCGCCCCUGCCCUGCUCGUCGCAGCCGACGUUCGUCCCGGACUCCCCGCCCCACGGCGCCGAGCUCUCCGCCACCAUCGCCCGCGCGUUCACGAUGUCCGUCCAUCUCUCGGUGUCGGCGGGGUCACCCAGACGCAGCGUGCACGUGGCCCUGCUCGCCGCGCUCACGCUGGACGGCGUGCGGACGUCCGCCCCCGCGAGCGACCCCUCGCGCCCGGGGGUCUUCCUCGCCACCGUCACGUGGACCCCGCGACCCCGUGACCUGGGAUCCAACUGGCUGUGCCUCUACGCCGAGGACUCUGAGGGGCGACAGUCCGAGGUGCGCUGCGUUGACGUGGUCGUGAAGGCGGCAGGUGACCUGGACGUGGUGUGCGCCGGGGAGCGGAUGUCGGUGACGAUGCGCCGCGAGGCCCUGCAGGGCUACGGCGCUGUGGACCUGGCGCUGGCCCAGUCGGGCCCGGGCUGUGCCCUCCACGAAGAGGGCCGCUUCGUCACCUUCGACAUCGGCCUCCUGUCCUGCGGCACGGCCUUCGAGGAGGACUCGAAGCGGUUCAUCUUCACCCAGCGCUUGCGACUCCAACGGACCUCGGACUCGGUGAUCACCUACCAGAUACGCAAAGUCGACAUCGUCUUCCAGUGCAUCUUGAAGCGGGUGAUGCUGCUGACGAGCAAGCGUCUGCGGCCCGGCGUGGAGCUCCUCUCGCUGAGCCACGCGGAGCGAGGGGAGCUGCACGCCGCCAUGCGCUUCUACGACGCUGCCGACUUCUCGCGGGCGUACCGUGACGACGACUACCCCCUGCGCCCCUCCAACUUCCAGCGCCUCUACUUCGAGUGCUCGUUGGAAGGAACCAACUCCUCACUGGGCCUGGUGAUCGUCACUCAGUACUGCUACGCCACGCCGUCCAGAGAGCCCGCCGACCCCGUGCGGUACUCGCUCGUCUCUCGCAGGUGCAUUGCGGAGAAGUGGGUGAUGAACCACACGACGCAGUCGUGGGCCAACCGGUUCAGCUUCCUUGCCUUCGCCUUCCUUGACCACCCCAACCAGGAGGUUUACCUGCACUGCGGCGUGCUGGCGUGCCGCCGGGACUCCCUGGAGCCGGACUGCCUCGUGCGCUGCCCUCCGCCCGCGCCGGGGGCGGCCGGCGGCAGGGGGGAGCGGGGGUCGGAGGGCAGCGGCUUCGUGGUGCUCACGGGGGGCCCCAUCGUCUUGCCGGGGGGGGGGCGGCGGUGGGCGCGGCGUUUCGUCCACGACGAGUCGCCAUCACCACACCACCUCCAUGGCGCUGGCCACGUCGGCGCUGGUGACCGCCCUGCUGCUGCUGCUCCUGGUGGUGGCACGGAACGUCAGGAAGUCCCGCGGCGGCGCCACCCGCCAACCCCCCCGGGCGUGGAGUCCAACCGCAGGCGCGCGGGUGUGAUGGACGUGGUGGGUGGUGGUGGUCGUGGUGGUGGUCGUGGCGCUUGACGCGCUUGGCCCCUACGCAGCAAGAACCACACCUGGGUUCGAUUCGCCACUCUUUGGCUGUGGCGGGGAGCUGACGAUUUUGUGCGUGUGGAGUCUGUGGAAUUCUCUUGCCCCGUGUUCAGCGUGGGGUGUCUUCCCUUGGGGGGGUCUUUCCUCCCGGAUUCCUCCCGUGUAAGAUGGUAAGUGCUUAUCGGCCAAUAAACCCCUCCCGCCUCCC